GAUGCCGCAGAUGGUUUUUCGCAAGUCUCGACCCGAGACCUGAAACCGAGCGCCGCGACGCCGCCCGCAACCGCCGCCCCCCAAACAACCGUCGCCGAGCCCGCGCCGCCCACGCCCGUGGCUAUGGACGCGAAACCGCCGCCCCCGCCCGCCGCGAACGGGUCGCCCGCCGCCGGGUCGCCCGCAGAUUCUGAAAAAGCGCCGCCGGCCGCCGUCGCCGCGCCGCCGGACGCCGCCGCCGCCGCGACCGCGCCGCCCAAGCGCGCGCCCCUCGUCGCCGCACCUUUAUUGGACCCGCCGCGGACCUACGAGAAGGACGCGAAGACGAUCCGAGCGCUCAUUUCGUUAGAAGACGGCCCCGGUUUAUUAGUAGUGGCCCCGGCGGACGCGACGGUCGCGGACAUUUGUCAAAUAUGCCAGCCGCGCGUCGAGAAGCGCUUCGGGAAGAACGCGUCGCUCGCGCUGAAGCUCGGCGUCUACGGCGCGCUACCUAGCACGACAAAGUCGCUCCCGGACUCGGCGCGCUUCGAGGGCAUCAUCCGGAGGACGCGCGCGUCGCAAGUUUCCUUGGGUGGAGGUGUCGGAGAAAAACGCACGCGCAAGGCCGCGCGCACCGCCCGCAAAAGAUUUCGCGGCGCGGCGGACUCGUCUUCCGACGACGACUACAAUGCUGGUGGCUGUUUACCGGUGGCGGCCGUGGCGCCGCCUUCAGACGCCGGCGAGCUGCGGGCACGGGCGCGCGUGCUCUUCGCGGAGCUCUCCAUGCUGACGGACGGCGCGGCGCGGCGUCCCUCAUUUUGUCGUGGAGCCGCCGCGAGACACCGUCGACGCGUGUCGUGGCGGCCUCGCGGAGACGAGACAGCCGUCGACGCGUGUUGGUUCGAUCGUCGAGGAGACGCACGCCGUCGACGCGGUACCGCGCAGGCCGCGACAAGACCUACCGGCGCGAGGUGCGCACGCUCCUCGCCGCGCGGGGCUGGCGCGUCAACGUCCACGGCAACCAGGAGUUGGGAGCGGUCCCGCCCGACGGCUGGCCCCACGUCGCGACAAUCCUCGAGCGGUCGAAGAACUCGUCCAAGGCGUCGAUCCGGACGAUCACGGGCGCGAACGGCGUCGUGCGCUAUUUGGAGCUCGUGGCGCACGGCGCGACGGACGUCGUGCCCGAGGUGGAGCCGUCCGCGGCGGAGGUGGCCUCUAUUACUCCGCCGGUCUGGAAGUUCGCGGCGCAGGCGGGGAACCUGCUGGACCCGGUCUACUAGUCCUCUCUCUCUCGUUCCUGUU